CCCCGCCCAAAACAGUCCAUCCUACAGGCUUCAAUUCCAUUCCUCAAUAUUAAUAGAAUUUCCUUUGGGUGUCUGGCUUUAUUUUACUGGUGAUCCUGCUUUUGUUUUCACUCUUUUCAAUUCUCGUAGUUUUCAUUAUUUAGAUCUAGGCCACCGGCUUAACAACGUCGCAAUGGCAACCGAGGCCGCAAGUGUCUAUCCCUCCCUCGAGAACCGCCCUGUCAAGGGCACUAUCUGUCUGUUCGAUGUCGACGGCACCUUGACGCCUGCGCGCAGGACCGUGUCACCGGACAUGCUUGAACUUCUCUCUCGACUCCGUCACAAGUGUGCAAUUGGCUACGUUGGCGGUUCGGACUUGGCCAAGCAACAGGAACAGCUCGGCACCGCGUCCAUCAAUGUCACCUCCCUCUUUGACUUCUCCUUUGCCGAGAACGGCUUGACUGCCUACCGCCUAGGAAAGCCUCUCGCUAGCAACAGUUUCAUUCAGUGGUUGGGUGAGGAGAAGUAUCAGAACCUUGUCAAUUUCUGUCUGAAGUACAUUGCGGACACCAAGCUGCCCAAGAAGCGUGGUACCUUUAUCGAAUUCCGUAAUGGAAUGAUUAACGUUAGCCCCGUUGGAAGAAAUGCAAGUGUGGAGGAGAGGAAUGAGUUCGAGGCUUAUGACCAGGUUCAUAAUAUCAGAAGGGAUCUCGUGGAAGCUCUGAAGAAAGAGUUCCCUGACUAUGGUCUCACGUACUCUGUCGGUGGACAGAUCUCAUUUGACGUUUUCCCCACUGGUUGGGAUAAGACCUACUGCUUGCAACACGUCGAAGCUGAAAAGAACAUCUCCGGCGUCAAGUAUGAAACUAUCCAUUUCUUCGGUGAUAAGUGUUUUCCUGGAGGAAACGACUAUGAGAUCUUCUCGGAUAGCAGGAUUUCCGGUCACUCUGUCACUGGUCCAGAGGACACCAUGAAGAUCUUGAAAGAAUUAUUCCGGCUAUAAUUGAUCCCUGAGACGCAUACGCAUUUUUGCAUUAGUUAAGUGUUGUCUAGCAUAUUCGCCCAUUUACGUCGACAAUAUAGACAGAAGAGCAGUAGGACUCGUUUCCGUGGAAGUAAACAUUUUAUAAUUAAAGAUUAUCAGAUUGUG